CAGGCUUAAAUCUCUCCCAAAAUUCCUCCCUGUGGUACUUUUUCUUUCUGUUGUUCAAACUUGCAAGAAACCCAAUCUCAAGACCCAUCAAUUUCUUCCGAAUUGCCAAGAAUCCAAGCAAAGCAAAAGAGAAAAAGAGGAAGGAGCCCCCAAAGCAAUAACCCACCUAAGUUUGAAGCUUUCUGCCCACUACAACUCUUCCCUUGUGUUUGUCAAGCUUCCAAGUUCCCAUCUUUAUCUGACCUGCUAUAAUUGGGAAAGCUUGAAGAAGAGAGAGAAGGAAGUCCUCAGAAAUUGGAGGAUCAAGAGAGAGAUCAGAGAUCAGAGAUGGGUAGUUUGACUCUGUCUCCAUGGCUUCCUUCACAGCUCAAGCCCACUGUGUUUGAGCAGAAGGAUAUGUCUCUUUUCCCCUCUAGGAGGAAACUCAAGAGCAGCAUGAAUAACAAGAGAUUCUCUGUUUCCAGCCCUGUGGCUAGGCUGUUUGGGCCAUCAAUCUUUGAAGCAUCAAAGCUGAAGGUGUUGUUUUUAGGGGUUGAUGAGAAGAAGCAUCCAGGCAAGUUGCCCAGGACGUAUACACUCACCCACAGUGAUAUCACCUCCAAGCUCACUUUGGCCAUCUCUCAGUCCAUAAACAACUCCCAGCUUCAAGGAUGGGCCAACAAGCUGUACAGAGAUGAAGUGGUGGCCGAGUGGAAGAAGGUGAAAGGGAAGAUGUCACUCCAUGUUCACUGCCACAUCAGUGGUGGCCAUUUCUUACUUGAUCUCUUUGCUAGGCUCAGAUAUUUCAUCUUCUGCAAAGAACUACCCGUGGUGCUCAAGGCCUUUGUUCAUGGAGAUGGGAAUCUGUUGAACCACCACCCGGAAUUACAGGAGGCGCUGGUGUGGGUUUACUUUCACUCCACAAUUCCAGAAUUCAACAAGGUGGAGUGCUGGGGCCCGCUCAUGGAUGCUGCAGCACCUUCUUCAAAGAAGGGUGGUGGGACUAAGGUAGGCCCGGAGGUGGAUGGAGAAGAGAAGGGACAGUCAUCAAGCAAUUGGGGGUUGCCAGAGCCAUGCCAAGAAGACUGCAGCUGUUGUUUUCCACCCAUCAGCAUGAUCCCAUGGUCUAAAAACUUUCCCUUUGCUUCUCAAACUCAACAACCUGGGGAUUCCAAGAGAGCGACCCAGGAGGGCUUGCAUCAGCCCCCCGUCUAGCAUCAACCCUUUAGAGAAAAUCUUUGUUUUCCAUGGUGAAACUCCAAUGCAUUUGAUUCGUCUGUGUGUCACACUUGUAAAUAAGGAAAUUCGCGUGCGAAUCAGAAUCUGUCGACCCAACCCGACCCUCCGUAAUAUUGUAGCGGAAAGGGUGGGGGAUGUUGAUCAAUCUUUUCACCCAGUAGCUGGGUUUUUUUUUUUUUGGGUUUCAUGACUCCAUGUUGGAGUACAAGGUAACAAGAAGUUCUACUGUGUGUCCCAAUUGAUAGGAUACUAUAAUAUAAUGGACUCUCUCAAGCUUUGUAUAGUAGUUUCUACAAGUGAUCAAGAGUAUCCACGACCACGAGUUGUUCUGAAGACAGGUGCAGACUCAAAAGCUUCCGC